AUGGCUGAGACCAAAUCUCACCUCCUCGUUCCAAUCCUCCUCCUAGUGUUGCUGCAAAUUGCAGAGGCGAAAACUCCUCCGGGAAUCGCCAAGAACCCGAGCCAUGCGACCUGCAAGAUAAAGAAAUAUAAGCAUUGCUACAAUUUGGAGCAUGUUUGCCCCAAGUUUUGCCCUAACCAGUGCACGGUGGAAUGUGCCUCUUGCAAACCCAUUUGUGUUGGAGCCUCGAGCCCUCCUCCGACUGAUUCGAGUACUCCUUAUUCACAAACACCUACCACUCCUUCUACGCCUUCGCAUUCGUCUCCAACGCCGUAUACACCAUCUCCAUCAAAACCUCCUAGCACUACCCCAACAACUCCUUCAAAGCCUCCUAGCACCACUCCAACACCACCAUCAACACCUUCUCCAACACCAUCUACCCCAUCACCAUUAACACCUCCUAUCACUACCCCGACAGCGUCUUAUACUCCAACACCAUCAACUCCUUCUCCAACAUCACCAUCACCCUCAACACCUUCCACACCAUCACCAACAACACCCUCUCUAAAACCGCCUAGCACUACUCCAUCAUUGCCUCCAACACGAUCUGGUACACCUCCCAGCACUACUCCCUCAUCACCAACACCAUAUCCAACGCCUUCUACCCCAUCACCCUCAACACCUCCUAGCACUACUCUAACAUCACCGUCACCAUCAACACCUUCAACACCAUCACCAUCUACUCCAACUUCUCCGAGCACUACUCCCUCAUCACCAACACCUUCAACACCAUAUCCAACGCCUUCUACCCCAUCACUCUCAACACCUCCUAGCAGCAUUACUCCAACAUUGCCGCCACCAUCAACACCUUCGACACCAUCACCAUCUACUCCAACGCCUUCAACCAGUACUACUCCAUCCUCCUCUUCUCCAACGACGCCUCCAACAUCUCCGACGCCAUCCUCACCAACAUCUCCUUCCUAUCCUUCACCAUCUCCGCCUACUCCCUCGCCUACUCCCGAUCAUUCUUCUUCUUCAGGAGCCAGAAAAGCUAGGUGCAGAAACAGGAAUUAUCCCAAGUGUUACAACACGGAACAUGUAUGUCCAAGCACUUGCCCUGGUGGCUGUGAGAUUGAUUGUGAGACCUGCAACCCAGUCUGCAAGUGUGAUCAGCCAGGAACAGUGUGCCAAGAUCCUCGCUUCAUAGGCGGCGACGGCAUCACCUUUUACUUCCACGGCAAGAAAGACCACUCCUUCUGCCUCUUCUCCGACCCCAAUCUCCACAUCAACGCCCACUUCAUCGGCAAGCGAAACCCGAACAUGAGGAGGGACUUCACUUGGGUCCAGUCCAUCGGAAUCCUCUUCGGCAACCACAAACUCUUCCUAGGCGCCCUAAAAACCGCCGCGUGGGACGAUUCGGUCGACCGCCUUGCCAUUGCCUUCGACGGCGAAUCGAUCAGCCUGCCCCAAUCUGAAGGCGCCAGCUGGCAAUCCAAGAGCGUUCCAAGUGUUUCUUUCGUAAGAGUUUCCGGCGCAAACAGCGUCGUGGUCGAGGUGGAAGCAACCUUUCGGAUAACCGCAAAGGUUAUCCCCAUAACCGAAGAAGACUCUCGGAUUCACAACUAUGGCAUCGUCACCGAAGAGGAUUCGUUCGCUCAUCUUGAUCUCCGGUUCAAGUUCUUCUCGUUGAGUGACCAAGUGAGUGGCGUGUUGGGCCAAACGUACAGACUGGAUUACGUGAGCCGUGUGAAUAUUGGGGCGAAAAUGCCAGUCAUGGGAGGCGAUAGGGAGUUUAAAAGUUCGAGUUUGUUUGCUUCGGAUUGUGCUGUUGCGAGGUUUGAAGAUGUUGUUGGCAAUGGUGAUAUUGGAGAUUCUUUGGAGCUUCCGAGCUUGAGCUGUUCUAGUGGUUUGGAUGGCCAAGGGGUUGUCCGCAAAAAAGGAAAAUUAGCAGCAGUUACCGGCGAUCUGCGCUAA